AUUUUUAGAAAUUCCUUUUCUUUUUUUUUUCAAAUAAAAACAAAACCAUUUUUUAGUUUUUUUUUCCUAACUAAUAUCACUUUCCCUUCUUCUUCUUCUUCUUCCUUUUUUUUUUCUUUUCAAUUUUUACUUUUUACCCAAUUUUGUGGCGGCCAGGCUAGGUAGAGUCUAAAACUUGCACUUAAAUUGUGCUUGGAUAUAUAUAUAUUUUUUUUGGGGUUAUUUGAUGAAUCAUAUAGAAAGAGAUAGAAAAUAGAAAGAGAAAAAGAACAAGAAAGGGAAGAGAAAUGGGGAGUUUCUUGUGAAAGAGGGGAUCUGAUCUCUCCUUUUCGCGUUGAAUUUUCUUUCUAAUCUUAACUUUCUAAUACCCACUUUUUGUUUUUGUUUUUUUUUUUUGAGAAAAAUUUAAUUUUUUUGUGUGUGUGUGAAGAGAAGACAGAUGGAGAGAAAAUAUAUAAACAAAAAAAAAAAGAUCACACAUAAUCACUUAAAAAGCUGAGAAGGUUAUAAGCUCUCUAUCUAUGGUUUCUUUCAUAGUUUCUUGUUUUUGUCUGUAAAAAGCUUUCAUUUGGUGAUUUAUUUGGGUCUGUCUAUUUCUAUUAUAUAUUUUUUCUUUCUUUUUUAGACAAUAGAAAGUAGAGACCUAAAAACAAAUUAAAAAUAUAGAGAUAGAUACACAGAAAGGAAGAGGAGAAGAAGAAGAAGAAGAUGAGAGCUGGAUUAAGUACGAUCCAACAGACUCUGACGCCGGAGGCCGCCAGUGUGUUGAAUCAUUCGAUAGCUGAAGCUAGCCGGAGGAAUCACGGCCAAACGACGCCGCUCCAUGUGGCGGCGACGCUCCUUUCAUCUCCCACUGGAUUCCUUCGUCAAGCAUGUAUCAAAUCCCACCCCAAUUCCUCUCAUCCCUUGCAGUGUCGAGCUUUGGAGCUUUGUUUCAGCGUGGCGCUGGAGCGUCUCCCCACCGCCCAAAACGCUAAUAGUGGUAGCCCGGGGCAAGACCCACCAAUCUCCAAUGCCUUGAUGGCUGCUCUUAAACGUGCUCAAGCCCAUCAACGACGUGGAUGUCCCGAGCAACAACAACAACCGCUUUUGGCUGUUAAAGUGGAAUUAGAACAAUUAAUUAUAUCGAUUCUUGAUGAUCCAAGUGUUAGUAGAGUCAUGCGUGAAGCUAGUUUUUCAAGUCCAGCAGUUAAAGCAACGAUUGAACAAUCAUUGAACUCAACGUCUUCAAACUCAGCCAACACAACCGGUCCAAUUGGAUUGGGAUUCAGACCUGUCGUAGCUCCCACUCCGGCCGUUGCCGCACCUUCCGCCAAUCGGAAUUUGUAUUUGAAUCCGAGAUUACAGCAAGGAGCAGCCGGGCAACAAAGGAACGAAGAAGUGAAACGAGUGAUUGAUAUCCUGAUGAGGAGUAAAAAGAUGAACCCAGUCUUGGUCGGUGAAUCGGAACCGGAGUUGGUCGUUAAGGAGAUAUUGAGGAAGAUUAAGAACAAAGAAAUUGAUGGGGUUUUGAGAAACGUUGAGGUGCUUCAUUUGGAGAAAGAUUUCGCAUUGGAUAAAACCCAAACCGUUGCUAAAAUCAAGGAAUUAGCCACUAAAGUUGGAGCAAUGAUUGGGAACUUGGAUUGUGGAGGUGUGAUUCUCGAUUUGGGUGACUUAAAAUGGUUGGUGGAGAGCAAUCAGCCGAUGGGUCUUGCCGGCGGAGUUCAACAACAACAACAGCAGCAACAAGUGGUAUCUGAAGCUGGGCGUGCUGCGGUGGUUGAGAUGGGUAAAUUGUUGGGGAGAUUCGGAGAAGGAAAUGGAAGAGUUUGGUUGAUUGGGACUGCUACAUGUGAAACAUAUUUGAGAUGUCAAGUGUAUCAUCCUUCAAUGGAGAAUGAUUGGGAUCUGCAAGCUGUUCCUAUCGCUGCUAGAGCUCCUUCCCCAGGAAUGUUUUCUAGGCUUGGGAGCAAUGGGAUACUUGGCAGCUCUGUUGAGUCACUAUCUCCAUUGAAGGGUUUUGCAACUACUGCUGCUCAACCUAGGCAACCCUCUGAGAAUUUUGACCCUACUCGGAAAACAGGCUGUUGCCCGCAGUGCAUGCAGAAUUAUAAACAAGAUCUUACUAGACUUUUAGCGGCCAAGGAACAUGAGCAACGCUCCUCUGAUUUUAAAUCAGAGCCAACUCGGCCGGCAUUGCCACAGUGGUUGCAGAAUGCUAAGGCCCAUGAUAGUGAUAUCAAAACUAUGGAUCAGGCGCAGGCUAAGGAUCAAGAUAUGAUCUGGACGCAGAAGACCCAAGAGUUGCAGAAGAAAUGGAACGAUACGUGCUUGCAUGUCCAUCCGAGUUUUCAUCAGCCGAGUCUAGGCUCUGAGAGAUUCACUCCUGCAGCUCUCUCGAUGGCGAGCUUGUACAAUUCGAGUCUGCUAGGACGCCAACCUUUCCAACCGAAAUUACCAUUGAACAAAAACACUGGGGAGGCACUACAACUGAACCCAAGUCUAGUAGCUAGCCAACCAAUGGAACAGGCAAGUAGCCCACCAGGAAGCCCUGUAAAGACGGAUCUUGUUCUUGGGCGACCGAAGAUCAUUGAGACAAGUCCUGAAAAACCCCAUAAAGAGCGUUUAAGGGACUUUUUGGGCUGCAUACCUUCUGAACCACAGAACAAGUUCCAAGAUUUGCAAAGCAAUAAGUUGUUGAACACAUUAGAUAUCGAGUCAUUCAAGAAACUACUUAAAGGUUUAACAGAGAAAGUUUGGUGGCAGCGAGAUGCGGCAUCUGCAGUGGCCACAACAGUGACGCAGUGUAAAUUAGGCAAUGGAAAACGACGGGGUACUGGUUCAAAGGGCGACAUUUGGUUAUUGUUUACUGGCCCUGACAAGGUUGGCAAGAAGAAGAUGGCAUUGGCCCUCUCAGAUCAAGUAUGUAGAGCUCAUCCGGUAGUGAUAUGUGUCGGGUCAAGACGUGGUGAUGGGGAAUCCGAUGUGCAUUUCCGUGGUAAAACAGUAGUGGAUAAAAUAGCGGAGGCAGUUAGGAGAAACCCGUUCUCGGUAGUAGUGCUUGAAGAUAUCGAUGAAGCAGAUAUGCUGGUUAGAGGCAGCAUUAAACGAGCGAUGGAGAGAGGUCGACUUGCUGAUUCUCACGGUCGUGAGAUCAGUCUAGGAAAUGUUAUCUUCAUCCUUACUGCAAAUUGGUUACCAGGGAAUCUUAAUCUCUCAUCAAAUGGUAUUAUUACCCUGGAUGAAAAGAAGCUUGUCGGUUUAGCUAGCGGAGGUUGGCAGUUAAAGUUAUCUCUUAGUGAGAAAACCGCAAAGCGUCAAGCCAGUUGGCUCCAUGAUGAAGACAGAGCAACGAAACCUAGGAAGGAAACCGGUUCGUUAUCGUUUGAUCUUAAUGAAGCCGCUGAUGUGGAAGACGACAAAGCCGAUGGAUCACACAAUUCCAGUGAUCUCACGGUGGAUCAUGAAGAAGGACAAGGCCUCACAAACAGACUAUUAUCCAACUCAACAUCAUCAUCAGUACCCCAUGAGCUACUCAAUUCCGUCGACGAUGCCAUCAUUUUUAAACCUGUCGAUUUUGGUCCCAUUAGGCGCGACAUUUCUGAUUUCAUAACCAAAAAGUUCUGCAGUGUCAUUGGCGACAGGGUAACGAUCAAGAUCGUAGAUGAAGCUCUGGAAAAGAUUACAAGUGGGGUAUGGAUAGGUCGAACUGGAUUAGAAGAAUGGACUGAGAAAGCAUUGGUUCCAAGCUUACAACAACUGAAAACACGAUUGCCGGCAUCGGAGGAGUCAUCACUAGUGUUCCGACUGGAACUCGAUUCCGAAACAUGUAAUCGAAACAAUGGAGAUUGGCUUCCUAGUAGUGUGAAGGUAGAUGUUGAUGAUGGGUUCUGAUAGUGAAGGAAAUAUAUAUGAUUAAAUAAAAAAUAUAUAUAUUUAUACUUGGUUGCUAGCUCAAAAUCAAAAAAGAAUUGAUUGAAUGAAGAAUGAAGGGGGGGGUAAAGUUGGUAUUUGAGUUGGAUAGAGAUGUAAAUAUGCUCAACUGUAUUUUGACGGUUGAGAGGGGUAAAAAAGGAGAUGAUUAGCAAAGGGAGAUGGAGAUGUUGAUAGAUUAACGGUGCUCCUUAUUUUUAGUAAUCACACAUUUUGUCUCCCAUUUUCUUUUAUUAUUAUAUUAUUUCAUUUCUUUUACUCCUCAA